AUGCAAAAAGAGAGGAGAUGCGGUCACCGACAGAGAUGCAAGUCUUUCACAGUAGAUUUCGUCGAGAUUCCAAUCGGAAGAGUUAAAGAUCCGGCGGAGCAGACUUCAUUUCAUGGUUACUUCAUGGUUGCAAAUGUUGUUAUGAUGGAUUGGGAUUCAGAAGACGAAGACAACACAGACCCAUUUUUUGGUUUACGCGAGCCUUUCUUUGGUCUUAAUGAGAUAGAUUUUGAGCUUCAUGACAUCUACAUGGAUUAUGAACCAAAUGAAGAGUUUGUUACUCCACUAGACAAGUGUAAGGAUACAGCUCUUAAUGUGUUACUAACUGAUGAAAAUAUUAGAAACUCUAGUUUGACUAAUGAUGUAAGAGCACAAGUGUAUCAUGGUGGUGACUUUCAAAGUGAUGAAGAUGAAGAAGAGCAAGAACAGGUGAUAAACAAGUACAUAAUACAUGAUCCAAAAACAAGAUGGGACAAAAUGGAACCAAAACUUGGUGACAUUAUGAGAAUGUUACACAACUAA